AUGCUUCAAGCAGAGGCUGCUCUCGAGGCGUGGUCGCAGAUCCAGCCCAGUGGAACCAGCGCGCCUGCGCCAGAGCUGGGUGCAAGUUUGCCAAAGCUUGCCGACCAAUUUCACCUCGGCGACGGCAGCUACGCCCUCUCGAUUUGCUCCGGUCCGCAGAAUGGCACUACAGGUGAUGUUGAGUUCCUGAGCUUCUGGCGCGCCCUCAGCGAGGCGCAGAGCCAGAGCUCCCCCGACCAGCCCAGCACUGAUCCGCCAGCUUGUUCAGCCGAGACCCCCUGCGAAGAGAUGGGCCCGGACCAUCUCAUCCGUGAGUUGGAGCAAGUCCGUGAUGAGCUCCUGGACCGUUUUGAGGCGGGAGCGGAAGGGCUCCCGGCCUCCGUGCUGGGAGACGUUGUCCACUCUAUCCGAGAACGCUCCGUGGCUCCCGAGUUCUGGAACCAGUUGUUGGCUGAGCUUCGCACCGGCGCAGGUGUGCUCAGUGUGUCGGAGGUUACCGUCGUGCUGUUGACUUGGCUCCGCGACGCUGCUGGCUGGCAGUUACACCCCAGAACAUGCUCAGCCACCCUGUCCACAGGCACCACAGCAUCUGGAUCCGAUGCUUCCGAGAGAUGCGACUGGGCGUUUUCCGAGGAGCUCACCAUGCUGGCGGGUCAUCUCCGGCAGGCCCUGGAUCUUGGCAUGGUGCCUGCGCCUGCCCCCGCAGCUGCAGCUGCACCCGCGAACGCGGCUGCCAAUGUCAGCAACAGGCUUGUGACCACAGCCGCGGCAGGCCCAGGACUGCGCCGUCCAGAUGUCGAGUCUUUGGCUGCAGAGGACUUGGAUCACAAUGUUGAUCAUCCUGGCGAGUACCUUGUCGAGUGCAUCUCGCAAUCCAACCGGCAAAGCUGUUCGCUGCUUGAUGUCGUUGCAGGUUCUGGCUACUCGUGUGCCCAGAAUGCCAACAUGCGGUCUGCGAUGCUGAACUUGAGCGCGGACAUGCUCGCCUCUGGUACGGCUCUCGAGAGCCAGCGUGGCUGGAUGCGCUCGGCAUUGCUGCCAUUGGCACCGCAAGGCCAAGUUCCAGAGCCGUCCACUCCUGCGGAGGACAAAAUGUUUGAAGCCGACGGCACAACGAUGACGAGACCGCUCGGCGAGAGCCUGGAAAAGGAAGAAUUGGAGCAUCUGAGGCUUCGCCGGUCGGGCGACCCGGAGCUCAGCGAGCUUUGCGCAGGAAGGGCUACGAGAGAGCGCGCUUUCAUCAGAUCUGCAAUGCUGCCCCUGUCUACGCUCAGUUCACCUGGAGAGGUCAAUGCGGGCUUGCCUGUCUUCGUGCACAUCUACGAUGUCACGCAAGAAGCUGGCAUUCGGCGUCUCAACAAGGUCUUGGCGAACAAGCGCCUUCCAAUCAAGUUUGGGGGCGUUUUCCAUGCGGGCGUGGAGGUGAAUGGGGAAGAGUGGUCCUACGGGGCGACAGAAACCGAGGAGGAGCCGGGGGUGAACCGAAACCGGCCCAAGAUGCACCCAGACCACCAUUACAGGCAAACAGUGGUGAUGCCCCACACGCAGCUCACCGCCCCGCAAAUUCAAGAGAUGAUGGAGCAACUUUCGCAGCAGUAUCCGGGGCCAGCCUACGACCUGCUGCGGAGGAACUGCUGUCACUUCGCCGACGACUUUUGCCAGCACCUCGGUGUGGGCCGCAUCCCUCCUUGGGUGUACAGGCUCGCCCGCAUCGCAGCCAGAAUUGAAAACUUUCUGCAGGCAGCGCAGCGAAUUCGAACUCCAUGCUAG